UAAUCUGUGACCUAGCAUUGCUCGUAGUUGCUUAACCAAUAUACUGUACUUGAGAAAUACUAAUAAAAAGCUUUAUUACUAAUGUUACAAUCGAAAAUUCUUGGAUUACAACCAUCACAUUAUCACAAUAACCGUGUGUGCCAAACAUCAUAAGCUACGGAGGCGCUUCGGCUGCAGGGGACCGGUUGAUUCUUUACAUAAAAUAUCAAUGUGUUCUGGAAAUGGUUUGCAAAGAGGACGUGGUAUCAUGGUUUAAAGAAUUAGAAAGCUACAAACGCAUAGAUGCAAUGUGUACAUUGUUAAAUAUGUGCCUGCCAUUUGAAUUACGAUUCAUUGGCACGUAUCUGGAGGAGCUCGGAAAGCGGGACUUUCAGGAGUUGCGUGGUGCCGAACUCAGGGCCAACAACCCGACAGACCUGGCUGCCGACAUCGGAGGCGCAAACACAGACCCCAGGACACGGCGGAAAAUGGCCCUAUACGUGUCUUUGUUACGCUCCUGUAAUUUCGCCUGUGCAACCACAUUGUAUAACGCCAUGGUCAGUUUAGAACAGAGUGGAUUGCUCAAAGGCCUGUAUGGAGAUUUGUUGGAAGAAAUCUUACUAUUGUACACUAUGGCAUUACAUCAUCCAGCUUUUACAUUUGAUCAAAAGUCACACUUUGGUGAGAUAUUAGAAAAAUUGAAAGUGGAAGACCAGCGGAUACAGUUCCAAGAGCAACCAGAACAUAUAAACGCGCCUGUGACUGUGAGUGGAUGCCAUACACAACCCAGUGUCACUCCCAACAUGUCAGUUCCACCGCCUAACUUGUCUAGCUUGGGGCCACCUCCUGGUAUCAUGUUUGUAAAAACACCUGGGGUGCAGUCCACAAGCGACCAAGUUCCCGAGCUGGGCUCGCCGCCUGUAUUAGGCGGUGCGCCCGUUCUGCCAUUGCUGGGCGAGGUAGCGCACCCGCCGCCCGGCCUACCGCUGCCACCAUACACCAUGCCUGACUACAUGGGGCAGCAUCCCUGGCCCGCCAACAUUAUAGUCACCCCCUUAAACCCGCCUAUAGAGGUGCUGGGCAACUACCCGGUGGCGGGCCCGGCGUCGCCACUGGUGUCGUCGCCGGGCGACAGCCGCGCCGCGUCUCCGCGCGGGCGGCGCCGCAUGUCGCGCGACCGCAGCCCGCCGCCCGCGCCGCCCGACCACGCGCUGGCCGCCAACUUCGACACCCUCAGCUUGAAUGAGUUGCAGAUGCGGCACAGUGUCGGCGACGAACGGCUGCGCGAGAUCACGGCCGUGCACCAGUACCGGUCGUUAGAGAAGCUGAAUGGCGUCCGGCGGCGCGCGGCGGCGUACGCGACGGUGCCGCGCUCGUCGUCCUCCAGCGCCUCGAGCGCAGCAUCGUCCCCGCCCGGCACGCCGGCUCCCGGCACGCCCGGCACGCCGGCCCCCGGCACGCCCGGCACGCCUGCCCCGCGCCGUGCCGGGCCCCCGCCCGCCUUCCUGCAGUACCCGCCGCGUGCCUACGCCUACCCCACCCCGCCGCCCGCCUACCGCCCGCCGCCGCCCCCCUUCGCCAACGGCGAGCCCCCGCACUACCCGACGCCGCCGCAGUACGGCGGCUUCGUGCCUGUGCUGUACGCGCCUCCGAAGCUGUCCUGCUGGAACUGCGGCGCGUCCGGGCACGCGGGCCACGAGUGUAAGGAGCCGAGCAUGGAGGAGAUCACGCGCGCCGGCGGCUACCAGCUCGACUUCGGUGGCGCCCCGCCGGAGCCCGCGGACAAGUAAGCGGCGGCGCGCCCUCUCGCGCGAUCUGUCCAUUAGUACCAAAGUGUCAGGUUUAAAAUUUGUAUAUAUCGACCUGAACCGUCCGCGCGGCCGCCGGCGCGCCCGGCGCCGAGCGGAGCGACGUCGGCGGACCUCGUUGAUCGUAGAUCGAAAUAUUUAAAAUAGACCUAUGACGUCGUCCUUACGUGCGCUUAUUGGACUUAACGGAGAGCCGUGGAUUUUGAUUUGUACUAAUGUUUAAGAGUAAUUGCACUUUCGACAUAUUUAUUAAAUAACAUUCCAAUUUGAGAUGAAUCACGGUUUCUGAAAAUGGUUUAAAUUCUCGUGUCCAUAACGUGUUUUAUCUUUUUGAAUGUCUAUAAUUUUAUUCAGACGAUAUAUAUGUUGGGGAUGUAUUCAGGGAACUUUUAGUAUCUCAUCUGCGACAUACAGUUGCGAUUUCUUUUUUUUUAUAAAUGCUGGUUGUUCGAGACUGAGUGAGCUUGUUAUGUAAUAAUCAUUUAAAUAUUAACCUAAAUUGAAAGUGCGAUUAUUUUCAGACAUUUUCGGUAAGAAUUUGGAGGGAAUUCCAUAUUUAUUUCAGAACAGCAGCAGGUUUAAUGUUGUACAAAAGGUUGGUGCCAGAUGUGAGUUGACGCUGUUAAUGUAGAGAUUUAGUUUAGUCACUUCAGUUAUUAGCUAAUAACUGUUCUGCAGUUGUAGGGCACCCAAAUGAAAUGUUUGAAUUUAUUGUACAAUCAAAAAAGUGUGCCAUAUUGGUAUUUAAAUCUCCGGUAAAGAAAAAAAUAUGGAUUAGUGAAACUAACGAAUUAAACAAUAGACUGUGGUAGCCAGUUCCACUUUAUAAACUGGCGUCUCUUUGUUGCUAGUCUCGCUUGCUGAAGAAACAUUUUUCAUUUCGAAUAUAGUUUUUAAACUUAUGAAAAUUUAGGAUCAGAAUACACUAACUAAUAAAAAAAUGUUGCUUACGUCUGAUAACUGUCGGAUAGGUUUCGAGAAAAUCCGAUUGACCAUUUAGUACAUUUUCAUUAGUACAAGUUAAUGUCGAUAUUUAGAUGUUUGAUAUAGUGUUAUAAGUUUAUUAGAAUGGUAGAGAUGACAGUGCUAAUGUUUGUGGAAUCCCGUAUAGCGGUAUGGUACACUAUCGUUUCCUUUUUUUUACUAUAUGUUUAUUAUAUAUUUUUAGAGUAAUUGAAGUCUGCUGCUGUUGAGCCCCACAGUUUACUUGACAAGACAUAAUAUGAAUGUUUAGCAAUAGUAUUUAAACGAGGCACUAGACAGGGUUCCGUGACGUGGAAUUCCCUGAAAUUCUGUGUUCUUCCAUAGUGUUCCCACACCAGUGUACGUAACAGAUAGUGGAUAUCCUCGAGUUGUAUAUAAAUCUUAAGGCAAUAUGAAUUUUAAACUAUUUAAUUAUACAGUUCAAGUUCAAAGUCGGAGUGUGACGAAUUUUUAUAAAACACAGAUUUGUUUCCUUUGACCCAAGACUGAUUUGUAAAGUAGCAAAUUAAUCAGGCUUCUGCGAUUUGCAUGUUCUAAUGACUUCAGGAGCCUCAUACAAUUAAAAUUCAGAAUUAUUGAAGUAUAGGACGAGAUUGUAGCUGACGACAAGAUGGAUAUGUUAAUGUGAUGAAUUGUGAACGCGACUGACUACGUACUUCAUGUGAAUAAUGAGCCGUUUUGAUGUUAUCUAUUGAACAAGGGAUUAUUUUGAUCAAGCUCACGAAAAUGCAAUGCUCUUUAAAAUUAAUGUUUAUCAUAGUCAUUGUAAAUAAUUACAAAUAUGUAAGAGAGUUGGCAUGUCACAUCUGAUGUGCGCAUAUUUUGUAAAUAAUUCAGUUUAUAUAAUUAGUUGAUAAUUUAGAGAUUGAGUAUAUUUGUAAAUUACUUUGUAAUAAUUUGAGUGUAUCUAUAGAGUAUUUCGAUUGUUUCUCUAUGAUCACUGUCACAAAUCACAAUUUUGCAUUUUUAACGUCCCCGUUUUUGAAAACAGUUCAAAUUAGAAGGGUUGUAUAAUUAUUUUUUGCAUAAUUAUUAUAAAAAUAUGUUUUUGAAUCAAUUGGGAUGCGUCACGCGCAUGGGUGGGUGCUGAGUGUCGCAGUGCCGGCGCCGACGUGGCCGUUGGCCUGGGGCCGCCUUCCUUCUCUUGCCUACAUUCGUUUACCAAGUACUAGUUUAUCCACAAUAAUAUCAUACUGUAUACCCUACUAAUAACAUAGCUAAAGUAUAAUAAAAAAGUUAUUCAAAAUAGCCGACAUAUCGUCCUUAAACAAUGUAAUAACUUUUAUUUUGUAUUUAAUUAGAUUUUACAUACAUGUUAUGUUAGUUUAUCUUUUAUUUAAAAGUGUUUGUUUGCUAUAAUAUGCCUACCUUGAUGCGCUGUAAUAGAAAGUUUAGAAUCAUAAUAAGCUGUGAGAAAUUACCUCGCAGUGUAAGUAUCUUCGAAAUGAAUGCAAUAACUCUAGUAUAAAUAGUAUUUCCAAUGAUUAUUCCUCGAGGCUAAAUUCUCCGGGAUUGUUAUUCUAUUAAAUAGUAUAUAUCACUCCUUAUAAAGGUUGUACGCCCACGUAAAGUAAUUGUGUUAUUUGUAUCUUAAUUAACAAUUUCUUAAUAUAUUAAACAAGUUGAAAUAUAGAGUAAAUAUAGUGUACCUAUGAUAAUGGUGUCUGUUUGAGUAAUGUCUGUCGAGGCGUCUCGGACCUGCAUUACUCGCUGCAGUGCCGGCAUAUCAAUUAGGUAACUGAGUGUGAUAAUCUAAUAGUAACAUUCAUCUCUUUGUCUGCUCAAUUCAGCAUGCAACAAGUACGUUUGUUUCAAUUUAAUAACUGUAACGUUAAUGUAAUCAUUUGGUUUCACUAAAUACAAAUGCAACAGGAAUAAUACAUGAUGUGUCCGUUGCAGUGUUAAGCAGCUUUGUUUUUGUACUAGUGGAGGUAUGGAAAUAUUUUUUUACUUUGUACAGAAUGUUAUAAAUGUGAUAAAUAAUUUUUGACAUAAUUAGAAUUGUGAUUUAGUAAGGUGUGUAGUUUAUUAUAAAAAAUAUAAAAAAAUAAAUUUGCUUUACUGGAUAAAUUGUACUAUCUUACAGCUAUUUAUAACGUUGUUUUCCCACGUUUUUAUAUUUGGGUACUUAUGUAUACUAAGCUGUUGUACUACUAAUAAAAGAUCAACACAGGAAAAUGAAUGCUUCGGCCCAGUAUUGUAAGACCUCUGUAUCCCACCAAUGCUGUGAAUCAUUUGCUUCCUGACAAAUAAACAACCAAAAUCUGA